GAGCGGGCGGGCCGGGGCGGAGCGGAGUCGUCCGCAGAGCAGCCCCUUCCGGCCGCGGCCGCCGACCCCGGCCCCCGGCCCCGCCUGGCUCUAUGGACAGGAGCUCGCUGCUGCAGCUUAUCCAGGAGCAGCAGCUGGACCCUGAGCACACAGGUUUCAUCGGUGCGGACACCUUCACCGGCCUGGUGCACAGCCAUGAGCUGCCCCUGGACCCGGCCAAGCUGGACAUGCUGGUGGCCUUGGCCCAGAGCAACGAACGGGGCCAAGUCUGCUACCAGGAGCUGGUGGACCUGAUUAGCAGUAAGCGCUCAAGCAGCUUUAAGCGGGCGAUCGCCAACGGACAGAGGGCACUGCCGCGGGACGGGCUGCUGGAGGAGCCAGGCCUGGGUGUCUACAAGCGGUUUGUGCGCUACGUGGCCUAUGAGAUCCUGCCCCGAGAGGUGGACCGCCACUGGUACUUCUACCGGCACCGCAGCUGCCCACCCCCUGUGUUCAUGGCCUCAGUCACCCUUGCCCAGAUCAUCGUGUUCCUGUGCUACGGGGCCCGCCUCAACAAGUGGGUGCUGCAGACCUACCACCCCGAGUACAUGAAGAGCCCCCUCGUGUACCACCCUGGCCACCGCGCUCGAGCCUGGCGCUUCCUCACCUACAUGUUCAUGCACGUCGGCCUGGAGCAACUAGGGUUCAACGCGCUCCUACAGCUCAUGAUCGGGGUGCCCCUGGAGAUGGUGCACGGUCUGCUCCGCAUCAGCCUGCUCUACCUGGCCGGCGUGCUGGCAGGCUCCCUGACUGUCUCCAUUACCGACAUGCGGGCCCCUGUGGUGGGGGGCUCUGGUGGGGUCUACGCCCUGUGCUCGGCACACCUGGCCAACGUCGUCAUGAACUGGGCUGGGAUGAGGUGUCCCUACAAGCUGCUGAGGAUGGUGCUGGCCUUGGUGUGCAUGAGUUCCGAGGUGGGCCGGGCCGUGUGGCUCCGCUUUUCCCCACCACUGCCUGCCUCAGGCCCCCAGCCCAGCUUCAUGGCACACCUGGCAGGUGCGGUGGUAGGGGUCAGCAUGGGUCUGACCAUCCUGCGCAGCUAUGAGGAACGCCUGCGGGACCAGUGCGGCUGGUGGGUGGUACUGCUGGCCUAUGGCACGUUCCUGCUCUUUGCCAUCUUCUGGAACGUCUUCGCCUAUGACCUGCUGGGCGCCCACAUCCCUCCACCACCCUGAUGGGCUCCCCAGGGCUGCACAGGCCAGGGCACAGGCGUAUGUGGGCUGGCCAUCAGGCGAGCCUGCAUGUCUCCCUCUGUGAAUGUACAUCUUGAGACUGCUUCUCCUCUGUGGGGGCAGGUGUCCCCAGUAGCCCACUAAGUUCAGGCCAAGCCUUACACCAGCCCUGGCCACCCCCUCCCAGGCCUGGGGAGGUAGAGGACUGCCUGGCCAGGCAGUGGAGGUCCCCAGGUGUGGCCCCAACGGAGACCCUGCCCCAGCCUCUCCCCCACGAUUUGCGGUCUGAGCCUUUUUGGAGAAUGAAUAAAUAUUUUACACAGCA